AUGGCAGAGCCUAGAACCAUCCCAUUCAUCCUACGCCUACUCGUCGCCUGGGUCACCUACUACUACGCCAUCUUCCACGAAAAUGUCGCGAAGAGCUUUGUAGGCCUCAUCGAGUCAGGCGUGUUCGAGGACGAGGACGAGCAAUCCUCAUCGCUCGGGGAUGAUUACAGGGAGAAUCGCCGUCAUAGAACGAGGGUACGGCGUCGAUGUCACGCUUUGUGGGUUGAAGACCUGCAGCACAUGCGGGAGAACGACUUUCAGGAUCUGUUCAGGAUAAACCGCGCAAUUCUGGAGCAUAUCAAGACAGGGCUGCAACACUACCUAGAGCCCAUAGUACACCGGUCAAUACUCACCUUGGACACCGCUGUGCUCAUCCCAAUCAAGUACCUGGCGUCCGGUAUAUCGUACGUGGACAUGUCGUACCUGUUCGGAAUCUCAAAGACACUUUGUCACGAACUGGUCGACGUGUUUCUCACGGAGUUCCCCUCCGUCUUCAAGGCCGCCUGGGUGCGCUUCCCCACACGUGAAGAGCUUCCUGGGAUGGCGCGCGAGUUUGCUGCCGUCAAGGGUAUACCUGCUGUGGUGGGUGUUGUGGACGGGACUCAUAUACACAUGAAGGGGAUGGAAGGGCACAGAGCAGAGUACUAG